UCCGCCCCCCUUGCGCUGCUGUGUGGAGCCGGAGUCGGCGGUGGGUGGCGGCGCCUGGAACCUGGAGACAGACCCACCUCCCCGCCCCGGAAUGUAGUGACUCCCCGCUCUCCUCCCCUCUCCUCCCCACUGCAGGAGGGAGGCGCCCCCGAGUCUCCCCUCCCGCGAGAGGGGCCGCGCGGGCCGGGCCGGGCUGGAGCAGCGGCGGCGGCGGCGGCCGCGGGAGCCUAGCCUGCAGCGAGGGACCGGCUGAGGCGCGCGGGAGGGAAGGAGGCGAGGGCUCCGCCGCGCUGCCGCCGCCGCCGCUCGCGGGGAAGAGAUGGCGGCGGAGCGGAGAGCCCGGCGACUCCUCAGCACCUCCUCCUUCUGGCUCUGCUGCCUGCUGCUGCUCGAGCGCCAGGCGUCGGGCGCCGCGGCCGCCAGGAGCGGCUCCCCGCCGCAAUCCCCAGGAUCCAGCAUUCGGACAUUCACUCCAUUUUAUUUUUUGGUGGAACCAGUGGAUACCCUCUCAAUUAGAGGCUCUUCUGGUAUACUAAACUGUUCAGCAUAUUCUGAGCCUUCUCCAAAAAUUGAAUGGAAAAAAGAUGGAACUUUUUUAAACUUAGUGUCAGACGAUCGACGCCAGCUUCUCCCAGAUGGAUCUUUAUUUAUUAGCAAUGUGGUGCAUUCCAAACACAAUAAACCUGAUGAAGGUUAUUAUCAGUGUGUGGCCACUGUUGAGAGUCUUGGAACUAUUGUCAGCAGAACAGCCAAGCUCACAGUAGCAGGUCUUCCAAGAUUUUCCAGCCAACCAGAACCUUCUUCGGUUUAUGUUGGGAACAGUGCAAUUCUGAAUUGUGAAGUUAAUGCAGAUUUGGUCCCAUUUGUGAGGUGGGAACAGAACAGACAGCCUCUUCUUCUGGAUGAUAGACUUACCAAACUUCCAAGUGGAACCCUAGUUAUCAGCAAUGCAACUGAAGGAGAUGGGGGACUCUAUCGCUGCAUAGUUGAAAGUGGUGGGCCACCAAAGUAUAGUGAUGAAGUUGAAUUAAAAGUUCUUCCAGAUCCUGAGGUUGCAUCAAACUUGGUAUUUUUGAAACAACCUUCUUCCUUAGUCAGAGUCAUUGGUCAGAGUGCAGUGUUACCAUGUGUUGCUUCAGGACUUCCUACUCCAACCAUUAGAUGGAUGAAAAAUGAGGAAGCGCUUGACACAGAAAGCUCUGAAAGAUUGGUAUUGCUGGCAGGUGGUAGUCUGGAGAUCAGUGACGUCACCGAGGAUGAUGCUGGCACUUAUUUUUGUAUAGCUGAUAAUGGAAAUGAGACAAUUGAAGCUCAAGCAGAGCUUACAGUACAAGCUCAACCUGAAUUCCUGAAGCAGCCUACUAAUAUAUAUGCUCAUGAAUCUAUGGAUAUUGUAUUUGAAUGUGAAGUGACUGGGAAGCCAACUCCAACUGUGAAGUGGGUCAAGAAUGGGGAUAUGGUUAUCCCAAGUGAUUACUUUAAGAUUGUAAAGGAACAUAAUCUUCAAGUUUUGGGUCUGGUGAAAUCAGAUGAAGGGUUCUAUCAGUGCAUUGCUGAAAAUGAUGUUGGAAAUGCACAAGCUGGAGCCCAACUGAUAAUCCUUGAACAUGAUGUUGCCAUCCCAACAUUACCUCCCACUUCACUGACCAGUGCCACUACUGACCAUCUAGCACCAGCCACAACUGGACCACUGCCUUCAGCUCCUCGGGAUGUCGUGGCCUCCUUGGUCUCUACCCGCUUCAUCAAAUUGACAUGGCGGACACCUGCGUCAGAUCCUCAUGGGGACAACCUUACCUACUCUGUCUUCUACACCAAGGAAGGGAUUGCUAGGGAACGUGUUGAAAAUACCAGUCGCCCCGGAGAAAUGCAGGUAACCAUCCAAAACCUAAUGCCAGCGACUGUGUACAUCUUUAGAGUUAUGGCUCAAAAUAAACAUGGCUCCGGAGAGAGUUCAGCUCCACUACGAGUAGAAACACAGCCUGAGGUUCAGCUCCCUGGCCCAGCACCUAACAUCCGAGCGUAUGCAACUUCACCUACUUCCAUUACUGUCACCUGGGAAACACCAUUGUCUGGAAAUGGGGAAAUUCAGAAUUACAAACUGUACUACAUGGAAAAAGGAACUGAUAAAGAACAGGAUGUUGAUGUUUCAAGUCACUCCCACACCAUUAACGGGUUGAAAAAAUAUACAGAGUAUAGUUUCCGAGUGGUGGCCUACAAUAAACAUGGUCCUGGAGUCUCCACACAAGAUGUUGCUGUUCGAACAUUUUCAGAUGUUCCCAGUGCUGCUCCUCAGAAUCUGUCUUUAGAAGUAAGAAAUUCAAAGAGUAUUGUGAUUCACUGGCAGCCACCUCCUCCAGCCACACAAAAUGGGCAGAUCACUGGCUACAGGGUUCGCUACCGAAAGGCCUCCCGAAAGAGCGAUGUCACUGAGACGUUGGUGACUGGGACACAGCUGUCACAGUUGAUUGAAGGUCUUGAUCGGGGGACUGAAUAUAAUUUCCGAGUGGCUGCUCUAACAAUCAAUGGUACAGGCCCUGCUACUGACUGGCUGUCUGCUGAAACUUUUGAAAGUGACUUAGAUGAAACUCGUGUCCCCGAAGUGCCUAGUUCUCUUCACGUCCGCCCACUUGUCACUAGCAUCGUAGUAAGCUGGACACCUCCGGAGAAUCAGAACAUUGUGGUCAGAGGUUAUGCCAUUGGUUAUGGCAUUGGCAGCCCUCAUGCCCAGACCAUAAAAGUGGACUAUAAACAGCGCUAUUACACCAUCGAAAAUCUGGAUCCCAGCUCUCACUAUGUGAUUACCCUGAAAGCAUUUAACAAUGUGGGUGAAGGUAUCCCCCUCUAUGAGAGUGCUGUGACCAGACCUCACACAGACACUUCUGAAGUUGAUUUAUUUGUUAUUAAUGCUCCAUACACUCCAGUGCCAGAUCCUACUCCCAUGAUGCCACCAGUGGGAGUUCAGGCUUCCAUUCUGAGUCAUGACACCAUAAGGAUUACAUGGGCAGACAACUCACUGCCCAAACACCAGAAGAUUACAGACUCCCGAUACUACACAGUCCGAUGGAAAACCAACAUCCCAGCAAACACCAAGUAUAAGAAUGCUAAUGCAACGACUUUGAGUUAUUUGGUGACUGGUUUAAAACCAAAUACACUCUAUGAAUUCUCUGUGAUGGUGACGAAAGGUCGAAGAUCAAGCACAUGGAGUAUGACAGCACAUGGGACCACUUUUGAAUUAGUUCCUACUUCUCCACCCAAGGAUGUGACAGUUGUGAGUAAAGAGGGAAAACCUAGGACCAUAAUUGUAAAUUGGCAGCCUCCCUCUGAAGCCAAUGGCAAAAUUACAGGUUACAUCAUAUAUUACAGUACGGACGUGAAUGCAGAGAUACACGACUGGGUUAUUGAGCCUGUUGUGGGAAACAGGCUGACUCACCAGAUACAAGAAUUAACACUUGACACACCAUACUACUUCAAAAUCCAAGCUCGGAACUCAAAGGGCAUGGGGCCCAUGUCUGAAGCUGUCCAGUUCAGAACACCCAAAGCGGACUCCUCUGAUAAAAUGGCUAAUGAUCAAGCCUCAGGGUCUGCAGGGAAAGGAAGCCGUCUGCCAGACCUAGGAUCCGACUACAAACCUCCGAUGAGCGGCAGUAACAGCCCUCAUGGAAGCCCCACCUCUCCUCUAGACAGUAACAUGCUGCUGGUCAUCAUCGUUUCCGUUGGCGUCAUCACCAUCGUGGUGGUCGUGAUCAUCGCUGUCUUUUGCACCAGGCGUACCACUUCUCACCAGAAAAAGAAACGAGCUGCUUGCAAAUCAGUGAAUGGCUCCCACAAGUACAAAGGGAACUCCAAGGAUGUCAAACCCCCAGACCUCUGGAUCCAUCAUGAGAGACUGGAGCUGAAACCCAUUGAUAAGUCUCCAGACCCAAACCCCAUCAUGACUGAUACUCCAAUUCCUCGUAACUCUCAAGAUAUCACACCGGUUGACAAUUCCAUGGACAGCAACAUCCAUCAAAGGCGGAAUUCAUAUAGAGGGCAUGAAUCAGAGGACAGCAUGUCUACACUGGCUGGAAGGCGGGGAAUGAGACCAAAAAUGAUGAUGCCCUUUGACUCCCAGCCACCCCAGCAAUCUGUUCGAAACACCCCCAGCACUGACACCAUGCCAGCCUCCUCGUCUCAGACAUGCUGUGCUGAUCACCAGGAUCCUGAAGGUGCUACCAGCUCCUCUUACUUGGCCAGCUCCCAAGAGGAAGAUUCAGGCCAGAGUCUUCCUACAGCCCACGUUCGCCCUUCCCACCCACUGAAGAGCUUUGCUGUGCCAGCAAUCCCUCCCCCAGGUCCUCCCACCUAUGAUCCAGCGUUGCCAAGCACACCAUUACUAUCCCAGCAAGCUCUAAACCAUCACAUUCACGCGGUGAAGACGGCCUCCAUUGGGACUUUAGGAAGGAGCCGGCCUCCUAUGCCAGUGGUGGUUCCCAGUGCCCCUGAAGUGCAGGAGACCACAAGGAUGCUGGAAGACUCCGAGAGUAGCUAUGAACCAGAUGAGCUGACCAAAGAGAUGGCCCACCUGGAAGGACUGAUGAAGGACCUAAAUGCCAUCACGACAGCAUGACGACCUUGACCGGGACGUGACUCCAGACCUGAGUCUAGAAGUCUUGGGACUUAGCCUUGAAAACAAGGAGUUGUACAGAGCACGAGAGGACAGCACUUGAAAACAGAGUGAGCAAGCCGCCCGGCCAGCACCCCCGCGUGGGGCCAGCUCCAGGCCUGGCCGCCUGCCUUCUCCUGGCCGGCCUGGAAGACACCGUGUCAAGGCAGCUUCCCUUUGCCUGCCGAUACCCUGCAGGACUGGGCACCAUGGGCCAAAAUUUUGUGUCCAGGGAAGAGGCAAGAAGUGCAACCUCUGUUUCACUUUGUGGUCAGGCUGUGUCUUCAUGCUGCGACGGCAUCGCCUUUAUGGAGUGUAGACGUUGGCAUUUAUGUACAAUUUUAUUUGUGUCCUAUUUUAUUUUACCUUCAAAAGAAAAACACUAUCAAAAACCAAGGAAGUCUGUGGUGUUCUCCACAAGUGGUUGACGUUUGACUACUUGUUUGAAUUAUGUAUGGAAAGUCAUUGACAGUGUGGGUUGUUCCAGGGGUUGGCUUGUUUUGUGUUUUUAUUUUUGAUUCUGAGUCAUUGCAUCCUCUACCAGCUGUUAAUCCAUCACUUUGAGAGGGGGGAGGAACUGUUGCAUUGCUGUUUGUAAGCUUUUUUAUUUUUUUUAUUAUAAUUAUUAAAGGCCUGACUUUCUCCUCUCAUCACUGUGAGAUUACAGAUCUAUCUGAAUGAAAUGUAACAUUGAAAAGACUUGUUUGUUGCUUUCUGUGCAGUUGCAGUAUUGGGGUGGGGGGCGUUGGGGGGGUUGGGAACUGGAAAUGGAGGGGCUGCUGAGGUCCUGUGAAUGUUUCAGUCAUUGUACUUCCUUCCAGAAGCCUGCAGAGAAUGGAAGCAUCUUCUUUAUUGUCCUGGCAUGUCCAUCUCUAUUGUCACUAAGUUGCAACUGGAGUUUCAUUUGGAUCUAGUUAAAAAUUUCUUCUGUGCAAUAGGUGGGUUCGAGGAUGUAGCUGCCCUGGUGUCUUGGUCAUAUCCUGAUAAGAAUGUCCACGCUGAGGAGUCAGGCGCUGUAUUGCAGGAGUGAUGGCAGGACAGGGCACGAGCCUGGCCGAGUUCCUGGGAAAUCGGAGAAGAGGUUAGAGACCCUUUCCUGCUGUUACCAUGUGUCCCCUUCGGGGAAGUCGGAGGUUAAGGAGGGAACUUUGUUCCCAUGUAGGACUCCUUGCUUCUCCCUAGUUCCUGUCCUCAGCCAGUCCAGCUCUCACUUCCACGCCUCAGAGCCCCACGGGGGAGGCGUUAGCAAGAAUGAAGCAGGCAGGGACUGCAGCACCAGUGAGGCUCCCCACUUCUUUCUGAACACUGUUCUGUACGUAGCGGGGGACGGGGACAGUGGCCUCCCCAACUCCUACACACCAUCCCAGCAGCUCAGCUAAGCCCCUGAUUUGAACAGGGCAGCAGGAGGUCUCUGAGGUGUGCUGAGAGGCUGACCACACAAGAAGCCUUUGCCUUUGCAGGAGGUUCUUGUAUGCUUUUUCUUAAAAAUGUAAGGAGCUGAGAUUUUUCUCUUUGUUUAAUAUAAAGAAUCUCUUAAGAAUACAGGACUGACCCUCAGGCAUCUUCCCCUACUCCCCAACAAACCCCCAGAAGAGAGUGUGGAAGGCAGUGCGGAAGGCGGAUUGCGCUUUGGUUCUGUAGCCAAGAAGAGGCCAGCUGCUGAGGACAUCAGUGGGCGCUCGGACCCGCCUGCCCCGGGGCCUGCGCUCUGCCCCGGCCACACGGGCCCCACUUGCCUUUGUACCUUGGUUAUUUCCCCUAUUUCGGUCUUACCACACAGUUACUUUUCUAGAAGAUGAACUCUGUUUCUCAAUUGGGGGCAAUGAAAAGUGCAAUGCUGGAACUCCUGCUGCCCUGCUAGCUGGUCACGGAGAAUAGUGCCAGGCCGGAUUCUGGAAACCCAGUGCACUUAAACUGAUCCUGAAAAGAGCACUCAGAGCACUCUGGACACCAGGAGGGCUAGAUUCCCCAGAAACUGUCUUACCUUUUGUCCAAAGAAACAUGCUCGGUAUUCGGGGCAUUCCCUCCCAUGAACCCUGAUACUUUGGUUACCUCAGGGCUUUGGUACCUGGAUACUGCCACAGAACUGGGGUGGGGGG